AUGGAUCGAAUGAAAGAUUUUUUUUUGAAUGGGGUAAGUCUUAACUUAUGUUUUGAAUCAUGUAUUUUAUUGAAAUGUAUAGCUACUGUACAGUAUAUAUAGAAGUCUAGAUAAUCAGGCCACAAUAACUUCCUUGUUUAAAAAUCUAGUUUGGUCACACAUAGAUAAGGUUGACUUUUUCUAAUUCAUGUUUCAAAAGUAUCCUGUUUUUGAAUUUUUCAAAUAUGGAAGCGUGAGUGUAACCUAAAUAAAUUGGCCUCUUGGAAAAAAGUGAGUCCAUUUCUUAUUUUCCAACUAGGUCCACAGUAAGAAAAGCUCUGAAAUUACAGUUAAUAUUGUUCAAUGAAUCCCAAACAUGAAGUAAAACAAGUUCAAGCUGAAAUAUCUGAAAGUCUCCCAAUAAUUCAAAACUAGUUGUGUGAAAAAAUCUAUGUUUUUAUUUAUGAUUUUUUGCACACGUUUUGUGGAACACUCAUAGAUUUCAGAAUCUAAUCUACAGUAUCCUAAUUUCCUUCUUGUUUUGAACAAAAUCCCAAAAAAUUCCAGCCAACUUUCUGGCAUCGUCGUCCAAAAGACAAAAUUGCAUGGACAGAAUCGCAAAAAAAUGUGAGUGAAAUCACGAAAUAUUUAUAUUUGAUAUUUUAAAAGGGUUUCAUGUUGCAUGUUUUUUUCAUGUUUCAAUAUUUUUCCAAAAAAAAAAAUACAUAUCAGAUCUCAACUGUCAACCAAUCGAGUCUUCAUCCUAAGAACACAAUAAGUCCCGCCCCAUCUUUUUCUUCAACAACUAACAAAAACUCAACUGUCGAAACUCGAAAAGCACAAAGCGCACAAUUUUCGGAUAUUUAUUUUAUUAUGGGAGGUGCAACUAAUGGCGAUAUAUCAAAUGGAAACACAUCAGUUGUGGUUAGUUUGAUUGAUAAAUGAAAUUAUUUGGAUUUUGAUUUCUAAGUUCAAAUAAAUAAAUAAAACCAAGUUUCAGUUUGAAAAAGAAGAAAUAAAUAAAGAAGAACCUCGCGUAUUUGCUAAAAGAUGGUUUAUUCUUCUUAUGUUUAUAUUAUUAUCUGGAUCUAAUGGAGCACAAUGGAUACAGUAUUCAAUUAUUGCAAAUGUUAUUACAUAUUAUUAUAAUGUAGAGUAAGUUUUGAAUUUUUUUGAAUUUCUGAAUUAUUCUAUAUUUUUCAGUUAUUUGUUAGUUGAUUGGACAAGUAUGAUCUAUAUGCUAACAUAUAUUAUGUUUUUCAUUCCAGCCGCGUAAGUUCUAUUUUUAGCUUUUGGGGUAAAUAUUUGAAAACAUCGAAAAGAAAUUUAAAAAAAUAUUUUUUUGAUGAGCUGACUUUUGUACUACUUCUCACUACCUCAACAUACUUUGAUUAUUUGUUGACGUCCGACAACAAAAAAACAAGAGAAAAAGCACUUACUUAUUGGUUAUCUGAGGGUUGUUUGAAGUGAGUUAGAGUAUGUACAAAAGAUAAAUAAAAAGAAGAAGGUUACAAAGAUUUUUUUGCAAAAGAAAAAAGAAAUAAUGUAUAAAGUGAGAUUUAUUUCAGAUGGAUUUUGGAUAAAUAUGGACUUCGAUUAUCUGUUGUUUUGGGAGCAUUUGGAAAUUGUCUUGGAGCAUGGAUUAAAUUGUUAUCAACUCAUCCAAAUAGUUUUUGGAUAACAUUUUUGGGACAGACAAUUGUUGGAGCAUCACAAAUGUUUACACUUGGAAUUCCACCAAAAUUGGCGGCUGUUUGGUUUGGACCACAUGAAGUAUCUAGAGCUUGUGCAGCUGGAGUUUUUGGAAAUCAACUUGGAAUUGCAAUUGGAUUCGUUCUUCCACCAAUGAUUGUUCAAAAUGGAACAAUUGAUGAAAUCACAUAUGAUUUGAACACUUUGUUUUUGGGAUCUGCUGUUUUAAACACAAUUAUUUUGGCAUUAGUUCUCUGCUGUGAGUGAUUUACAGAACCGAUAAUUAUUCCUGAUCCAUCAAUAUUUUUUUGCAGUCUUCACAGCUCGUCCAUCAAUUCCACCAAGUUUUGCCCAACUCACAGCUUUGGAGGAAAAAACAUUUGAUAAUAAUUUCCUCGGAACUCUCAAAAAACUUAUGACUUCUCGAGAUUUUUUAUUACUCUUUAUAACAUACGGUAAGUGAGCAAAACACAUUUUGAUAGCUUUUUUCUGAGUGAGUGAGAAAAAAGUUUAUAUCAUUUGUAACAAAAAAAUGAGUUUAUUGACACAUGUUGUUAAAUAAAACGAGACGAAUUUGUUAUGAUCGAUGAGAAAAUCACAAAAACGAAAUAAGAAUUUCAAAUAGAUCGUCGGAAAAACAAUUGUCAACACGGAAACAUUUUGACGUUAUCGGUUAGAGUUUUAAAAAAUAGUGCACUACAGUAACCGAGAAAAAUUCAAAACCAACAAAGUAAUCCAAUUAAAACUAUAUAGAGUUUUUCAAAUAGAUAUUAAAUUUUUAUUACCAACUCAUAAAUUCAGAGUUUUAAAUUUUCUAUCCAAAUUUUUUUCAGGUAUUAACACUGGAGUUUUUUAUGCAAUUUCAACACUUUUAUCUCAGAUGGUUCUCAGUGUUUAUCCAAAUGUGAGAUUCAUUUUAAAAAAACUUUAUAAGAUUUUACUAUUUUUAGGAGUCUGUCGCAGUUGGUCAAAUUGGUCUUUUAAUAGUUGUCGCUGGAAUGUUUGGUUCAGUUGUUGGUGGUUUUCUUCUUGAUAAAUUCAAAAAAUUCAAACUCACAACAAUUCUGAUUUAUCUAUUCUCAUUUAUUGGAAUGUUAUCAUUUACUCUCACAAUCGAUCUCAAUUCACUUUUGAUUGUUUUCAUUAAUUCUGCCUUACUUGGUUUUUUUAUGACUGGAUAUCUUCCAAUUGGUUUUGAAUUGGCUGCUGAAAUCACUUAUCCAUUAGCUGAAGGAACAACUUCUGGUUUAUUGAAUGCAAGUGCACAGAUUUUUGGAAUUGCAUUUACUUGGAUUAUGGGAAAAGUUAUGCAAUCAUAUGGCACUUUUACGAGUAAUAUUAUUAUGUCAACUACUUUAAUUAUUGGAACUUUUUUGACUUGUAAGCUUACUUUUUCAAAAAAUUAAUUUCAAUGUUUUUUUCCAGGCUUAAUUCACGAAGACCUCAAACGCCAAAAAGCGCAUUCAGUUCAAUCACAAAUUCCAACCUCUGAGACUCAAUUAACCAAUUGCACAUCAUAG